AUGUACAGAGGCUUCAGUUUCAUGGGUUACAGGAUCAGCGGUUCAAAAUGCCUCACUGUAUGCUUAGGUCUUACUUUUCUUAUGGGCUGUUUUAUAGCUUCGCUUCCUAUCGUGCCUUCAGAAUCAGCUAACCUUCAGGUAUCAACAUCAGAAAGUAAAAAAUUGGCUAUAAUCGUCCCAUUCAGAGACCGUUUUGAAGAGUUACUAGAAUUUGUCCCCCACAUGUAUAAGUUUCUGAACAAACAGAAGAUUCCGUUCCACAUAUUUGUUGUCCAACAGAAAGACAACAACAGAUUUAAUCGAGCAUCACUAAUUAAUGUUGGUUUUAUUUAUACGAGGAACAACUAUGAGUACAUAGCGAUGCAUGAUGUAGAUUUGCUACCUCUAAACGAUAAAUUGAGCUAUGCAUAUCCCAAAAAUGGGCCUAUCCACAUUUCAUCACCACAAACACACCCAAAGUAUCACUACGAUACUUUCAUCGGUGGAAUUUUGUUGAUAAAACGAGAGGAUUUCGAAUUAGUCAACGGUUUAUCAAAUAAUUAUUGGGGUUGGGGUCUUGAAGAUGAUGAAUUUUAUGUAAGAUUGAAAGAUGCCGGACUUAAAGUGAGUCGUCCUGAAGGUAUAACCACAGGUCCUGAAAAUACCUUUAAGCACAUCCAUGACAAGUCUUAUCGCAAACGAGACAUGAGAAAAUGCUAUAACCAGCGUGAAGUGACUCGGAGACGAGAUCGGAAAACCGGUGUUCAUGAUGUUGCAUACAACUUACUUACUUCUCACAACGUAUCCAUAGAUGCAUUACCCAUAACGGUGAUUAAUGUUGAAUUAAUAUGCAACAAAGAUCUUACACCCUGGUGCCAGUGCCCGGAACCUAAAGUGAAGAAAAACUAA